AUAAAAAAAAAAAAACUUCUCUAUAUAUAACAACGUUACCUCCAGCAUUGAAAAAUUACCUAGUGCUAAUUCUUCUCUAACAAACUAAAAUAAAAAAUAAAGAAAAACUCAAAUAAAAUGGCGGGCCGCGACACAUUCCAGCUGCGUUUCGUGGCUGUCGCGGCAUCCGCCGCCGUAUUGAUCUUUCUCAUGGCUGGUCAAGUCGCGGAAUCGCGCAUGAUCAACAUAUGCUCUCACACAGCGUAUCCAUCUUUAUGCCGACCUCUAGUGAAACGAAUCACGAACCCUAGACGAGCCACGCACCGAACCAUCCAGGCAUUAGAGGCCAAGACAAAAGUGGCUCUAGCCGAAGCAGCUAGGUUUAAAGACGGUAACCAAGCGAUCAGCACGUGUUACGGGACGUUUAGCGACGCGAUAUUCAAUUUAGCGAGUGCGAGGAAGAGCAUAAGAAAACGCGAUGUCGUGGGGACCAACACGUACCUAACAGCGGCAGUGUCUGAUUAUGGCGCAUGCGUGGACGGGUUUAUUGAGACUGGUCAGGUUAAUGCGGUCCAGAAUGUAGCGGUUGACUUGAGGAAGAUUAGCAGCAAUUGCUUGACGUUGUCUACAUUGAUUAGCUGAUCGAUUAAGAGAACUUUUUAUUAAUUUUUCUCGAAACAAAAAAAAAACAAGAAAAAAAAACUAAUUAAUUUCGUCUAAAUCAAAAUUUGGGUAUUUUUUUUUUUGUUGUUGUUAUUUUUGUUUUGAGGGAGGCUGUUUGUUGAUCUAUGUCAUUCGUAUGUAACGCCACUGGGUGUAAUUAAUUAUAUUUUGAUUUCGUGUAAUUAAUAAUUGCUA